AUGUUAAUAUCAAAAGUUGACAAUCCUCCAGAAUUGUGGCCAGAAUAUGCUGUGAUUAUACGUGGAGAAGCAAAAGAAGAUGUAGAUUACGAAGGGCUUAUUUGUUUGGAAGCAAAAGAUUUGUUGCAACUUUUUCCUAAAGCAGGUCCUAGAGUAAAAUUUUGUAAAAAACUUGAAGCUCAUAAGCUUGCAGAACUUGAGGUUACUUUUAUUCCACAAACAUUAUCUUUUGAUGAAAAUAAGAUUGAGGCUAUUGCUAUUUCUAACAUUAAGGAAAUUGAGUCAUCGGAUUACUCUCUACCUAUAAACUCUGACUGCGAUAAUAUCGAAAAUGUUCCUUCUUGCAGCAAUGCACAAGAAGAAUUUAUUCAGCCUAAAGCUACAUCAGUACGUGACCAACAACAACAAACAGUAAAUGAAAUUCUUCAACUCACUGAAAAAGAUUUGGAUGCAAAAGCUGCGUACAAUAUUUUAAUAGAUCCAAACGAGAAAAAGAAAGAUGCAGCAAAAGCUAAGCUUUGUGCAGCAAUUGUAAAAUAUGAAUUGACUAACAAUUCUUUAAUGAGAAUACAGCAACAGCGUUUACAAAAAUUAGCUGAACAAAUACAAGAAUGUAUUCCAGGAGAAGUUAAAGAAACAUAUUAUGUUCCUUACCAAAAGUUGUUUAAUAAAAAAGUAAAUGCAAAAGGUAAACUGUAUGACAGAUACACAAAUUAUUUGAGAAGUUUGCGAAUUCAUGGGUUGACUCAUGGAUCAACUGAAGUUACAAAUAAGACAAAUGAGAGUAGUUCAGUUGUAAGUGAAAAUAUUACAGGCCAGUUGGAAUGGCUGCGUACUCAUAAGGAACCCUUUGAAGAUGUAAAAGAAAGAUGGGAAGCAACUUAUGAUAUUAGAGUUCAAAUGCUACGAACUAGUACACGAUUUAUGAUUACAUAAAUGAAUUUAGUGUUCUUCAACUAAGUUCUGGUUAUAUAUUGUUGUUAUCAGAUUUUAAAAAGUUAUAUCCGGAACAUGAUUUGCACAUGUGGAGUAAAUGGCCUUCUUUUUCGCAAAAAAUAUGUACGCUUAUG